AUGUCCGGACUAGAGGUCAUCGGGAUCGCAGCUAGUAUUAUCCAAAUCGCAGACCUCGGCACCAAGUUAUCCGUCAAGUUAUUCUCCUUCUACCGCCAGAUCCAAAAUGCUGACAAGGCCAUUCAACAUCUCUCAAGCGAUGUCGCUUUGACAUGUGCAAUUCUGCGCGAGCUCGGAGACAGUCUCAAGCAGGAUGAACAGUCAAAACUAUGUUCACCCGAAGCCCAUCUCACUGCAAAGCAGAUGCUGAAACAGUGCGAAGAAGUCCUACAGCAGAUUCAAAAUAUGAUCGACGAAUCUCGGGCUCCUUGCAAGUCUCGCUGGCAACAAGCGACGAAUAAACUGCGCAAUGUUCUGAAUGAGCCGGACGUGAACCUUGUCAGAGGUAAUCUUGAAAGGCUCAAGUCAACAAUGCUCCUACUCUUGAAUGUGGUUAUGUUUGCUGGUCAGCUACGGAAGUGA